UCCUAUUCCACAUCUACUCAUCCACAACCACCACCAAAUGUCCACCUCUUUAAAAUCAAAAAAAUUAGUGGAAAACACUCCAAUUUAUCGUUACAUAUUUUUCCACAUUAUUAAUUUACAAAUAUUUUGUUAGGGAAUAUAAACAAAUUGUAUUAGGGAAUUGAAAGACACCUAGCAAGCCUGGAGGAUAAUUAAAUAAAAUCGAUUUCUUAUUCCUGGUCAACAAACUUCUUAACUAUAAUAUAUAGAACAAAUCUUAACCAAAACCACAUCAGGAGUAAUAACGUUCAAAAUGACUCGAUUGAUGUCCAAACAAAAGGUUCGCUUAUUUGAGCUCCUUGAAGAAAACUAUCACAUCUUGUCGGGGAAUCCAAAUCGUGGCAACGGCGAAAAAACUGCUGUAUGGGAAGAAAUCAAAGACAAUUUGAAUGAACUAGGUCCUCCAAAAACUACUGAAAAGUGGAGAAGAGUGUGGACGGAUAUUCGAAAAACAUUAAGAAAAAAGGUUUCACUGAGGCACACUUAUGAAAUAAACGGUGCCAGAGUUCCAGAUGAAUUCAUCUUUUCAGAGAGUGAUCUUUGGGUAAUUCGUAUUUGUGGAAUGGAUGCUAUUCAAAAUCCAUCUAAAACUAUCAAACAAGAAGUAACAGAUUUUGAUACUUCCGCUACUUCAAGUUUAAGAUUGGCUGAUGAAAAACCAACACGUUCAAGUGCGCGUGUAAGUAAUCGCAAAAGUCCACGGAAACAACAACCUGAGGUUGAUGAAUUAAAUGACGACCAAAGUUUACUUUGCCCAGUUGUUGUAUUUUCUGAUGAUAAGGCUACACAAUGUUCGGAAAGUAAUCCAUCCGAUUUAGGUAGUCCUCCACAAAAGAAAUUGAAAAUAUCAAGUUCUAGUAGUGAUGUUUUUGAAAGUUGUAAAACCGAAAACCUUGCGUCAGCUUCUGAAGUUAAUAAUAACAGAGAUCAACUAAAGCAAUUGAUUUAUUUACAAAAAAGACAAUUAGCUGUUACACGACAAAUUCAUGAGAGACAAAAAUGUCAUAAUGCCGAUCAAAGGCAGUUUAAUGCUCGAGUUACCAACUUGCUGGAAGAAAUUCUUCAACAAUUAAAAACUAAUAAAAAAACAAAUUGAGGAUAGUAUAAUUGUACACACUUAAAGUUAAACUAUUCAAUCAAAUUUUUAAGUAUUUUUGUUUAUUUAUUUGCAAAUAGGAACGGUUUUAAUUUAUAUUAAAUUAAAUUUUGUUAAAUAUGAAAAUGUGAAUGAGAAAUAUAUUAUC